CCGCUUCCAAUAACCACGGAUAGUUGCAUAUACAUCUCUAUACGACUUACACCACCAACCUAUCUCUGAGUCAGAAUUUUAGGGGUAAAGGGGCAUUAACUAAGCAAAACCAUGAACGUGGAAGACGACGAGAACAGCAAAUCCAACGGGGACCGCCCAACCCCCUCAAAAACCACACACCCUCCCACCACCACCAAUACACCACGUAAGCGGCGCCGCCGCAGCGCCACAAGCGCCCCGCCCUUAAAGCGGCAAAAAGGCGUUUUCAACCCGCGGUACCUGACCCUGCUUAACGAAGACAUAUCCGACUUUGUCAGUGCCCAGGAUCCCGGUACUGACGAUGCGACUCUUACGCCCACACAGCUCGGCGCUGUAUCCUGGAAUACAGCUGAGAAACAAGCGUUCUUUACUGCGUUAGGGAGGACAGGCGUUGAUGACUUACCCGGUAUUUCGACACGGAUCAGCAAUGCAGUAACGGGUAACGGUAACACCGGAGUUAAAAGCGAACUCGAAGUCCGGCAGUAUGUCCAUUUACUAGGGGAAGCGGACCGUGCCCGCCGCGCUGAUGCGAGUAAAGCACACCGUGUACCUCUCCCCUCAUCUAUCCCGGCGGCUGCUGAGAUUAGCGCCCCGCUAUGUGCGGCGCUUGAAUCUGCCGCGGAUUCUCUUGCGCUGAGACAGGAGAACCAUGAAGCGAAUGUCGAGCAACGGCGAUGGGGUGAGGGACGGUGGUUAGUUACGCCGGAGGUGGCGGGGUUGUAUGAGUGGCAGGUACGGUGGGAACGACAGCGACAUCAAAGUCCCGCUAGUACCAACGCAGCAGGGUGUGACGAAGGCGAUGACUCGUCCCCGUUACCACCGUUCGCGGAGCUUUUCAUACCGCGGAAUUGGCUGCACCUCUCCGAGCGCAUAUUCAUGAACUCAUCCGUUGUGCCCGAUGGCAACUGGCGUUGUGUAUCGGAGGAAGAACCAUCAAUUCGUGCUACGGCGCUUGCGGAUUUUCAUUCCCUGGCUGUGAGCGUGACAAAGCGGCUUAUAUCAGCUACUUUAUAUGUGGCGAGCUCACGGGUACGCGCGAAGCGUACUGGAGACAAACGGGGUCGCAUCAGUGCCUUGGUCAAAGCCAAAGAUGUCCAUGCUGCGGUAGCAUCAUCAGGGAUGCGUGAAAAUAGCCGCAAGUUUUGGGCGCAGGCUGCGCGGAGGUUAAGGUUGGAUGUUUAUGAUGAUUCAGAUGACUUGGAUUCAGAUGAGGAUUUGGAAAAAGGAGAAGGCCUGGUUACAGCGGAUGACGAAGACUUAUCAGAAGAAGAGGAUGAGGAUGCGGGUAUUAAUAUUCCUGAGGAUGUUAAUGAUGACGACUACCAAGAAGACCCCGGCUCCGAUGAGGAGGGAGACCAAGACAAAAAUCACGGAAGCCCAAAUGACGACCUCUCUGAAGACGAAUUUGACAUACUCUCCUACGAUGACGUUGAAGCCGCCCUCGGCUUCCUAGUCACAAACCACCAACCCGAAAAUUCCUCUCCGGAAACCGAUUUAGUCGAACUACCCAGCUCUUUCUCUGAUUCCGACCUUGAGUCUCUGCCAGAAGACUCCGACCUCGAAGAUGAGGGUCAAAUCCAAUCUAAAUCCUCACCUGAAAACGAAGACCCAAUCGACGUGGAACUUGCAGCAGCUGUAGAUUUGGACCUCAACGAAGCCCUCACAUAUUCCGCACUUGACCAUCCAGGUACCACUGACUUCGCCAAAGUCCUCCGGCGCCGACUUCUUGCUGAGCAUCGCCUCUGGGACGAAGCCGAACGUGCCGAUGCACAAGUUAGUGCAAGUGAGCAAGCGCGAUUAUGGAGUCUACUCCAAGGAGAAGAAAUGGAAGAAAAGGGAGUUAGGAUAGGGUCAGAGGAGGAAGAGAAACCUAGCAGGAGGAAAUUGGGCGUGAUAGAUUUAGGAGGUGGAAAUUGGCGGGAUCGUACGGAGUAUUAUGGUGAAUGGGAAGUCGACGGGGAUCAAAGUUUGAAUGAUCGCGUUGGCUAAAAAUGCACUUUUAGGCAUAAAUCUACGCGCAAUAUUACAAUGGCCACAAUAAACAUAAUCUGCAAAUUAAGAAAGCUUUUCCAUUUCUCACGGAUGUGUCCUAUUUAUGGGUAGUACUAGUACUGGUGGUAGUAGUGGUUUUUGUAUGGUAAUACACUGCCUUUUUCGUACAAGACACUAUUGGUUACCCACCCUCCUCGCCUCUGGU